GGCGAGAAAACACCAUUCCCCAGGUGGGUCUAGGAUCUAUGGAUCAUGUUGCCAUAGUCAGGCAUUGUCAAGCAAACAGUCAAAGCUAAUCAGGUUGAAAGAAUUGAUACGUUGUGGAAAGUAGUGACUUUCGCUUAGAACCCUGCAGGAUUGAAAUGCUCCGCUAUACGGGUCUCGGUUCACUGUCAAAUGCGCUUGACAGGGUUGGUGCGUCAGGUCUUGACCUAGAUACCACUAAAUACCAAAUGAAGGGAAUAAAAUGUACCUAUCACUCUAAGCCGGAAAUAUCGGGAGUGAUUCCGGGAUCUUCGGUUGAGACAGUCCGAAAUGUAUCCGAUCUAAGUGUGAAACAAACCUCAGAGCGAAGGAGCUUCUUUGGUGAAAUUGGCGACAGUGGAUCCAGUCAUGUAUCGUGCGCAGGCCACAAUCUCCGGGACAUUGAGCGAUUUGGAUCUGCUCCGUUAUCCGAAAUGUUACUUUUGGCUUACUUGGACCCUCGUCAUGCUGAUUCGUCAAGAUGCAUAUCGCAGUCAGCCCUUCCAAAGGCCGUCCAGAUACCAGAUUUGUCCCAGGACUUCAUGAGUGGUCAGCAUACCCAAUGGGCACUCUGUAGGCAUCUCAAACAAACCCUAAAACCCACUUCAUUUCGCAAAAUGAAUCCUUGUCUAGUCGGUCGGCUGCUCGCCAAAAUAGAAUAUAGUUCAAGGCUAGCGCACUGACGGUCGCCCAUGGCGUACUAGCCGCCGCAUUAGUCUUUGGGCUUAGUGCCAAAAAUUUCUUUCUUCCGAGUCAUGAUGUUGCACACACAACAAAGACGCUGCUGUGCUUGCCGUCUUGUGCAU